UUAACCAAUAUGUCAGCGCCCAUGAAACUGUAAACAAACAUUUUGGUAUAUAUCUAAAGAUGACAAGUUUGAAGAAUCUUGUGACUGAAUCAAAAGUAGAGAGUCUACAUGCAGUAGUGGAAAAUGGUAAACAAGAAUUUGUUUGCUUUACCAGACUUGCUACAAACUGGAUUAUAUGUAUAACUGAUGGAGUGGAAAUGUACAGAACAGAACUUGAUGCUGAAGAGUUAGAAUCUUGUAGAGAACUGGCUGAGAUCAGUACAAUGGAUACAUAUCUUGCAAGAAUAAGGAAAUGUUUCCUAGAUGCUGACCUAUCAAUUUCAUUUGUUGGCACACGUGCGACUUUGUCAGUUGGUAAAAGUUCUGUAACAAUUAGUUUUGACUUAUUCGAAGCCAAAGCAGCUGAGAAAAAAGUUGAACUACAAAACAUUCUAUUUAGAUUAGCUACCACCGCAACGUCACUUGAAAUUGACCUUGAAAAGGCAAAUAAAACAAUAGACACUCUAAAAGCACAAAAAUCGCAAAAUACUGGUUUGAUGGACUUUGGGCCUAAAAUGGGAACUAACCCUGCUAAAGUUAAACCUAAGAAAACAGGGAUGAGUGUUGUGAAUCCUACAAGCAAGAAAAGAAAGGCUGCAACAGGAGUCGUGUUCGAUUAGUAUCAUCAUUUGAUUCGUAACAUUUGUGCACAUUUAUGUAUCUACUA